AUGUCUGAUUUAAUCUCUCUCUCUCUCUCUCUCUCUCUCUCUAUCUAUCUAUCUAUCUAUCUAUCUAUCUCUCUCUAUAUAUAUAUAUUUUAUAAGCCCAUCUAUCUAUCUGUACAUAUGUAUGUAUGUGACUAUCUGUGCCAUAGCUAUCUAUCUAUCUAUCUAUCUAUCUAUCUAUCAAAGUCUGUUCAUAUCUAUCUAUCUAUCUAUCUAUCUAUCUAUCUAUCUAUCUAUCUAUUACAGUCUCUUAAUAUCUAUCUAUUACAGUCUCUUCAUAUCUAUCUAUCUAUCACAGUCUCUCUCUGUGUGUCUAUAUGUCUGAGAAUGUUAUCUAUCUAUCUAUCUGAGUAUGUCGAUCUAUCUAUCUAUCUAUCUAUCUAUCUAUCUAUCUAUCUAUCUCAGUCUGUUUAUCUAUCUAUCUAUUUAUCUAUCAAUCAUAUAUAUCUAUAUAUUUAUGCUGAUCUAUCUAUCUAUCUAUCUAUCUAUCUAUCUAUGCUGAGUAUAUCUAUCUAUCUAUCUAUCUAUCUAUCUAUGCUGAUCUAUCUGAAUCUAUCUAUCUAUCUAUCUAUCUAUCUAUCUAUCUAUCUCUCUAUCUAUCUCCGUCUGUUCAUCUAUCUAUCUAUGCUGAUCUAUCUAUCUAUCUAUCUAUCUAUCUAUCUAUCUAUCUAUCUCCGUCUGUUCAUCUAUCUAUCUAUGCUGAUCUAUCUAUCUAUCUAUCUAUCUAUCUAUCUAUCUAUCUAUCUAUCUCCGUCUGUUCAUCUAUCUAUCUAUCUAUCUAUCUAUCUAUCUAUCUAUCUAUCUAUCUAUCUAAGUUGGUUCAUAGCUUUCUAUCUAUCUAUCUAUCUAUAUCUAUCUAUCUAUCUAUUAUCUGUCUGUCUGACUAUCUAUCUAUCUCCGUCUGUUCAUCUAUCUAUCCUUGUUUUUAUCUAUCUAUCUAUUUCAAUAUGGCCGCUUCUAUCUCGCUAG